GGGGCAAGUGGUGCCUGGCCUGGGACCUAACCUAGGCCAGACAUAGGAACGAGACUUUCUAGGACAAUGAACGCCACCUUUAUAAUGCUUUGGAUCAGCAAACUGGAGAAAACGACGGAAGCUUUACUCCUGAACUUUCAUUUGCAUACAGGAAAGAAUAACAAGUAAAUCAGUAAAGUUGGUAUCAGCAAGUGAGAACCAUCCCAAAGGCCGUGAUAAUAAGUGGGGGGAGGCCACGAUGACAACUGUAACACGACAAGAGGUCCUUGGCCUGUACCGCAGCAUUCUCAGGCUUGCACGGAAGUGGCAGGCAGCAUCAGGACAGAUAGAAGACACCCUCAAAGAACAACAGUAUAUCCUAAAUGAAGCCCGAACAUUGUUCCAGAAAAACAGAAAUCUCACAGACCCAGACCUGAUUAAACAGUGUGUAGAUGAAUGCACAGCCAGGAUGGAAAUUGGACUGCAUUACCGGAUUCCUUAUCCCAGGCCAAUUCAUCUGCCUCCAAUGGGUCUCACUCCACUACGAGGACGAGGACUUCGCACCCAAGAAAAACUGAGGAAGCUUUCCAAACCAGUGUAUCUCAAAUCCCAUGAUGAAGUUUCCUAACCCAGAAGAAAGUUUAUUUAUUUAUUUUCAAUUUUUUGAGGCAUGGUGUCACUCUAGCCCAGGCUGGCAUGAAACUCACUUUAUAGUUUCAGGCUGGUCUCAAACUUGUGGUGAUCCUCCUACCUCAGCCUCCCCAGUACUGGGAUUAAAGGUGGAUACCACCAUCCCUGUCUAAGAAAGCUUAUUUUUGAGAAUGAUGAACCAACAAUUUUGAAUGUAAACCAGAUAAUAUGACCCUUCGUCUUGAUCAGGGGCAGAAAUACCUUCUCCAGACAUCCAAAAUUGGUUCCCUCUCAUAGCAUGUCUCACACUAUCCCUGGGGUUUCUCAGUCUUGCUGCCUGAGCCAGUGACAUUGACCCUAAAGGUCAUGGACCUUACAUUCUCACUGAUGUCACCUUUGAAAUCAGAAGGCCUACAGGAGGAGUGCUUAUGGUAUUGAAGCUUUUCAUGGGAAUGCUGUUCCACACACAUCAUCUGGUGCAAAGAAAUUGUGGUUUCCAGAAGCUCAUAUAGCUAUACAACUAUAGACUACCUUCAGAAUACUUGCUGUUUUUUCACAAGCUAUAGAUUUGGCUAAGAGAGAGAGAGAGAGAGAGAGAGAGAGAGAGAGAGAGAGAGAGUGUAUUUUGGUCUUAUAAUUCUUGCAAUUUUCAGCUAUAAUUCUCCUUUGGAUUGAUGUUUUUUAUUCUUUCAUUCUGAGGCAGGUCUCACUGUAUAGUCCUGGCUCACCUGGAACUCCCUAUGAACACCAGGCUGGCUAUGAUCAAGUGAUUGUCCUCUUGCAUCUGCCUCCUGCCUACUGGGAUUAUAGGCAUAUACCACCGUACCCAGAUGAUCAUGGUUUUUUGUUAGAGGGGUGGUGGUUUUCAAGGUAGGAUCUUCCUCUAGCCCAGGCUGACCUGGAAUUCACUUCGGGAUGGCCUCAAAUUCACAGUGAUCCUCCUACCUCUACCUCCCAAGUGCUGGGAUUAAAGGCUUACACCAACAUGCCCAGCUAUGUUCUUUUUAAUAGAAAUUAUAUAUGACACCCAUUCUUCUCCCCACCAAAUCCAGCUGAUUAUGUUUUUGCCCAAUGGAAAUUUUAUAUGACACUCAUUCUUACCAGUAGAUGAAAAUGCAUGCUUUAAUUAAACAUAUAUGUUACCUGCCCUUAAAGCCUGUGAUGACUUAAGAUAUACUUAGGAGCUGAAGUGCUUCCUUGGAAUUCAUGGUGUUUCAUUUUAACAUAAUUUUAAAGUGCAAUAUCCAGGACUAGAGAGAUAGGUCAGUAGUUAAAGCCUAACGACCUGGGUUCAGUUCCCCAUAUCCAUGUAAAGCCAGAUUCAGAGUGGAACAUGCAUCUAGAGUUUGUUUACAGUGGCUGGAGAUCCUGGUGUGCCCAUUCUCUCUGUCUGUCUGUCUCUGUCUGCUUACAUAACUAAAUAUAUUCAAGGUGCAAGGUCCAAGCUGGCCUUCAAAAUAAGUCCAAACAGAAAUUGGACAAAUAGGAUUUACACCCUGCAUGAGUGGAGUCAGAUGAGAGACAUGGCAAGUCAUUUCCAACAGAAAGGCAUCACCAGUAAAGACAAAUCUCUACCAAUUUAGGCCUCUCUGUAUUUUUCUUUCUUGUGAUUUUCAAAAACAGCAGGCAGAACCUGCCCCUGUGAGUAGGAGCGUACUCUUCAUGUUCAGUGGAGGUGACAAUGACAUGGAGAACAAAUAGACUAUCUGUGGAGUAGCAUAUGCAUAUUUAACACUAGUGCAGCUGUCAGCCUUGGCAAAGAGAAGUGCAAAUGUGCCGACAGGUGUGUUGACCCAUGCCGUUCAGUGAGGAUGCAUCCCAGCCUAACUUGAACUGAAGAUAGGAAUCUGAUGAUGUCAUGUUUAAGUGUUUCCCAUGUAGCAAAGGACAUGUGAACUCAAACCAAUUUGCUUCCUCUGGUGGAUGCCAAGGGUCAAUGAUCUAUUCCUGUAUGGAAGGAUAACUGGCUCCACUGGACCAAGUGAGACAAGCUUUCCCAUCUCCACCAUGGGUCCUUACUAAGCAACCCAAGGAGACAAGGUAAUUUUGACUAUGUACAAUUUUGCCUCACUCUACUGAGCACUGGGACCCACCUUCCCACUGAGCCUUCGUCACAGAAAGCAUUCAGUUGCUAAGCCAAUCUUUGAUCAUCUUCCAACAUGUCAGAAAUCUUCAAUGGAAAUUUUAUAUGUUCGGUCCCCUUUACAAAGAUGGAUAUACAACUGCACAAAAAUAUAAUUGUCACUUUCCUGAAAGACCA